CACAGGUAUGUGGUUUACUGCGCGGAGGGGCGACAGUUGUUAUGGUUCUGUAUUUUGUUAGGUUAGUCACAGUCAAAGAUGGUUGGACCCUUGGGUGCAGUCAAACCUUCGGUUGGAACAGGCAGACCAUUGGGGCGUCCGACUAACAUCAGCCUUGACCAAUACUGCUCCUCCUACAGACAGUCUUAUGGUAAGGAGUUAUUCCAGCCAUGUCUAGGCCAUCAUUUUGGGACGGGUUACUCUGCCAACCACCGUCCUCUUCUGCACUACAGCUCCAGCCUGGACCGCUAUGAUAAUCCUCAAUUUGGUCUCUCACUGUUGGAUAGUUUUGAGUCUCAAUCGAAGCGUCAUUACCAGCGUCUGGUUCUGCCUGACGGGACGGAGACUUUGGCCUGCUCGGGGUUCAGACUCAGAGAGAGCGGAUAUUUGCAGCUCCAAGCUCAGCCAAGACCUAGAGCAGCGUCCUGUCAGACUGAAUAUAAAGGCACUUACAUUCCUCACCGCCUCAGAGUUUUGGGUGUUUCAGAUCAGUGUGUUUGUGUUUUAGUUGGACCCAUAGAAGAUAGUGGAUUCACUAAGGAAGCCAAUCUACAGCUGAACACCUUCCUCCCUCAAAAUAUUAACAUGGAUGACGCUCGCAGGACACAGGAAAGUGUGAUGAGGACUGACUUCCUUCCCGGAUGUUUCCUACAGGGCAGUGAAGCAUUACCAAAACUUGCCUCCCGUGCACUUCGAGAAACUGGAUUUACAAGAGAAACCCAGAGGCCUCUGACCAGUUCAGCCUCACUACAGGGUGGUGUUAGUGAGGACAGCGGACAGAAGACUAGAACUGCUACAACUAGAUUAUCCAUUGGGCCGAUGGGCUCAUCAGGAUUCGUCCUGAACGCCCCCAACAUCACAAGCCUCUCACAUACACCAGCCGACCCGCAACACUUUCUCACACACUACAAAAGCAAGUUUUGUGACAAAUCAUCAGUGGGGCAGCAGAGAUCUGAGUGGGUGAGAGGAGGCGUACAGAGACAUAGAGAGAGCGGGUACAGUGGACGAGACACGGAUAGGUUUAAUCUUAGUGGAUCUAAUGUCCUGGCUUCACAAUAAAUCUAAAAUAUUCAUUUAAACUUAAUACUGUCCAAUUUAGCUUGAUCAUCUCUAUCUUGGCAUUUUCAGACAAAGUUAUAUUGCUUAUGUUUAGAGGUGUUUGCUAAGCAUCACAAAAAUUCU